GAAGAAGAGGCAAAAUGACAUUAACCUAAAUAAAAGAAAAGAAAAAAAAAAAAAAGCAAAAAAGAAUGGGAAGACAAAUAUACGUGGCCAUUAGAGGUUCCACGUGCUUUCCCAUGCUACCCUAAUGUUUCUACUCCUCCGGUGCACAUGCGAACUCUUGGGAACCUUCGCACGUGCGAAGGAGCACCCGAUGUGGGACCGACACAAAACGUGGCAACCGCGCGCAUACAUGAGGCUCCAGUUAGCAAGAUGUCGAGGCGUGAUAUGGCAUGACACGUGGCACCCUAACGCACUCCCUGCCCUCUCUCCCCCUUCUCCCCUCGCUCUCCCUCUCCCCACCUCUCUCUCUCUCUCUCCGCCCUGCUCCGUUGAAAUAGUUCGCAGAUUGUCCAUCUCACUCGCUCUCUUGUCUCUCCUCAACAUGGUGGCCGUGAGGUGCUCUGAUUCGACGUUACGCGUUUCGCCAGCAUCCUCUUCUUCUUCUUCUUCGUUGUCCGCGGCGGUGGCGGCUGCUGCUGCGGCGGCGGCGGCGGCGGGGAGAUUUCGCGGCGAAGAUUUGGAGUGCGGAGGGGAUCGGAUGGAGAGGAUGGAGAUGGAGGCGGCCGAAGUACUAGCGGGUAUGGCGCGUUCGGGGACGCGCCAGGGUGUGACUAGUUCGUGUGAGUCUGGCGGGAAAUGGGGGAGCAAAGGGAAGCGGGCGAGUCCACGAGUCAAGACUCGAUCGCCGCCGGCGGACUCGGGGAAUACCCCCAAUUGCUCCGCGCCCAGGUGUUCGGAUCUCUCUGUGUGUCGGGCAGUUGUAGAUCAGUUUCAGUUUACAAAGAUGAGUGCAAAUUCAAUGACAAAAUCAGUUAAGGAAGAGCAGGACAUUGAAUUGACUAAACCGCCUUUGACGAUAACUACCAAUUAUGCACCAUUUGGUGGUGGCAGGUCAAAGCAAAAUUCGUCUGAGGCUGAGAAGGAAGCCCGAAGACUACGUAGGGUAUUGGCUAACCGAGAAUCUGCUAGGCAAACAAUACGCCGCAGGCAGGCUUUGUGUGAGGAGUUGACUAGGAAAGCUGCUGAUCUAGAACGGGAGAAUGAAAAUUUGAAGAAGGAAAAGAAUUUGGCUGUGAAAGUGUAUGAGACUUUGAAGAGCACAAAUGAACACUUGAAAGCACAGGUAGCAAAGACAAUGAAAGCUGAGGUGGAUGAAACUUCAGAAGAAUUAUCACCUUCUGCUGUCCAGGUGGCCAAGACAAUUAAGGCAGAGGUGGAGGAAGCUUCAGAAGAAUUCAAGUUAGCCCCUGUUGAGUUAUCUGCUUAUUCAUCCACACUUUCACAUAAAAAUUCCCAGCUCACACCAUUUCCAUGGCCUCCGGUCAGUCAAUCUCCAACCAGUGUCCAACCCUGGGAUGGGCUUCAAAAUUCCACUGCUGUUUCAUCUGAAGUCCCUGUGCCAACCCUUUGCAAGUCUGAAUUAUGUCAGGAGCAAAAAAGUCAGUUAAGUGUCAAUGGCCCAAGAACUCCUUUAUAUGUACUGCCAUGUCCUUGGUAUUUCCAUCAUCCUGAGAUCAGGAGUGGCCUCUACACUCCGCCCCCUUCUAGUCCGAAGGAUAAAGAUGAAACUUCGGUUAACAACCAGCACAUUGCUAGCUCCUCUUCAAAAAUUACAACACACAUAGAAAACCCUCAUUCAUCUUUAUCCAUGAAUAUUAAGACAGAAGUUUCAAAUUCGCUAGAAGCCAAACCCUCUAGUAACCUUCAAGAGAUCCCGUUUGGGUUCCUACCUGAUGGAGGUGGUCAUUAUAUGGUACCUCACCCUGGAGGUAUGGUCCUUAUGGCUGCACCCUUAAGUUCUGUAAGACCACCAGUUAGUGCCUGUCAUAAGAAUGGGCUCCAAGCAGGGAGUUUAGCUUUGUCUUCCUCAAUGAGUCAUUUUGUCAGUGCUCUACCCAAAAGAAAUCAAGAAACCACCACCAUGUACCCCAAUAAGAAACUGGUGGAUGCCAUUGCUGCCGCAGAGGCCCGUAGGAGGAGAAAGGAAGUCACAAAGUUGAAGAACAUCCAUGGCCGUCAGUUUAGGACGAACUGUUGAGUUCUAUUUUCUGAAAUGAAAUAGUUGUGUUCUAACAGUUUCUUUAAGAGUUCACCCAGUACUUGCAAUCGGAUCCCCCUUUUUCCCCUUGUGUUUUGUGUAGAGUAAUCUACCAAAAGAUCCAAAACCAUAGAGAUCCUUUCUUUGAGAGAACAGAAACAAGCUUUUAAUGUUAUAUGAAGGUUUACUCUGCGUUUGGGAGCUUGGAUUUAGGUAUAUUGAUUUGGACGAAUGCAAUAUAAAAAUUGUAUUGAAUUUUGUCUAAAAUUACAUAAAUCUAAAUUCAAGUUCAGAGAUCUUUUAUUUGUUUUUGGAGGUGGCUGGUGCCUAGAAGUUUUGAUAGGUAACUUAAUCAUGUGCUUUUUCCUAAAUAGACAUGUCUGUUUUUC